AUGUUGGGAAAGAAAGGUACUAUUCCAUUCAGAAAAAAAGACUGAAAUAUGCCUAGAAGCAUUGCAGCUCAUAACAAGUCGACCGUCGGUGAGAACGGUUGUGCAUUCUUUCACCCUGGAGCAUAAAAAUGUGACGAAAAAUCGCCGGUGAUAAAUAAUAAAAGUGAAACAAGUGUUAGUCCAUACGACUCGUGAUUGUUGACGUAUGAUCAUCGAUAAAAUGUUGCAUACGUGUUGUUCAUCACUCGUAUCGACCAUCAUUGUAAAUAAACCGUCGAUUAGGUGACUGAUUACUCAUUAAUCACGAAUAUUGAGAAACGAAUAGGUAUGUUUGCUGAUGGAUACUCUGGUCAAUUGAGAAUCCAAAGAUGAAUUUAAUUAUAUAUAGCGGAAUUGGCGGCUUUGUGAUUCUUCUCGUAGCAUUAUUCGGCCUAGGAACAAUUAUCAAACUUAUUUUAUGCCUCAUCGUUUUAAUCUUAGGAACACUGAUUUGUAUAUAUAGAAAAUAUGCGCCGACUCUCGAGAAGACUAUCAAACUCAACCAAGAAAACUUAUUCAAGAAGACUGAAAAACUACAACGGACUAUCAAAGACCUCUCGAAAUCCAAGGUGACGUUUACCCUGGACAAGCGCGUCACCGGCAGUCCGAUAAUCGACGAAUCACUGCAGGAGAUUCUGGAUUUUGUCCUCCGGGACUACGUAGAGCCGUGGUACAGCGUUUUAACCAACGACGAGGAGUUUCCCUGUUCGGUUCGCGACACAGCCCAGAAGAUAGCCAUAAACAUUGCGAAUCGGGUGAAGGAUGUGGACUGGAUUCCAUACUUGACGACUCGUCUCGUUGACGACGCAGCUUCGCACAUGCGUCUGUACCGUCAAGCUCGUGCCAAAAUGAAAGCAAACUCGAAGACCCCGAAGACGAGUUGCUCCAGCAACUCUGGUGGCACCCCGAAACGCUCCCCAAGUCGUCACCGGCGAAACAAAAGCGAGACAGACAUCGCCUGGUACUCGCAGUCAAAAUUCUACAUUCCAAAUUUAACAUCCUUGACGGAACCCAUCGACUGUAGGAACGAUGAGAACGACUUAGAGAACAUCUUCUUCGAUCUGGAAGUCCAGAUGGAGAACAACUUGAUAAGUCGUGACCUCGUGUGCACAAACGAGGAGCAGGAGUUGUCCUUCCUGCGAGAGCUGUCGGAGAUUCUUCUUUAUUUAGUCCUCCCUAAAACCGAUUUCGACUGUUUGACUGUCAGAUUUAUCCUACGCGAGCUCCUGGUGAACGCAAUUAUCAUCCCUUUGCUGAAUCUCUUCUCCGAUCCAGAUUACAUAAACCAAGCGUGCAUCUGGCUUUGUACUAAAGAUUCAACUCUCCCAACUGACGUUUUUCUCACAGUUGUGAGAAUAACAGACAGCUUAGAAGAGCUCACGGCCAUAAAGAACAUCGUCUCCACGGAGAUUGCACACUUGAGAUCUAAAGACUCCGGUGGAGAUGAUGAUCUGACAGUGAAACAGCAACUCAACAGUCUUCUGUACGUCAAGAAGAUCCUGGAGACGAGGAUAAUUAGCAUGCAGGACGGUCUCGAUGCAGAGACAUCUCUCGGUAUUCCACCAGAUUGGAAUCGACUUCUCGUACCAGGUCACAAACCCGUCAAUCUACCUCUUGAUGAAUUACUUAAAAAUAACAUCGCUCUGAGCUAUUUCAUAGACUACAUGACGAGCAUCAACGCCGAGGCCUACCUCUACUUCUACUUAAACAUUUAUGGAUGGAGGGUAUCUGCUGAGCAGCAGAUCUCAGACAUCGAACUGCAAAAGCUGCCGUCCAAUCAGUCGAGUCAAUUUCGAAGGAAGAAUAUCAAUUUGGAGAAUCUCAAAGAAGCAGCGAUGAAGAUUCAUCAGCAGUAUCUCGGAGAAAAAGCAGUGACUAGACUGCACCUCGAUGAUAACCUCGUGAAAAAUCUUCUCAUGAGAAUUAAAAUUGAGACAGUCAAAGAGACUUGGUUUGACGAACUGCAGAAUUGCUGUUACGAGAAACUGAAGAACGAGGACAGAUUUCUCCCUUCGUUCAAACGAUCUUUGUCAUACAUAAAAUUAUUAGCAGAGUUAGAUCUGUUGAAGGAGGAGGACAGCAAGUCCCUGGAUGGCAUCAGCCUGUCGAGUAUUAAUAACGAGAUAGAUUCGAUGGAGGAAUUAUCUGGAAACGACCAGAUCAAGUACUCAUUUUGCGAGAGUAGCAAGUCAAAUUCCAAUUCAUCGGCGAGUUUGACAAGCAUGGAGAGGGAAGCUGGUGGAUUUGAUGGUGAUGAAGCUAAUGAGGGGGCAGCGUCAUUCUUUCUGGAAGGCCAGGCAGAGCAGAUAAUUAAGCUAGAUGAUGCGGCUUGUGAUCAGAAUGCUAUAAAAAAACUGCAGCAGGGGAGAUUUGAGAUUACCGCUGAGAUCAUUGAGACUGGAGUAGUGAAUGACAGGGGAAAGACUUAUGGCAUCUAUGCUGUUGCCGUUUCAAAAAUCUAUGACUCUGGGUACAAAGAGAAGUGGCACAUCUACAGGAGGUACUCCGACUUUCAUGAUCUACAUCAGAAAAUCAAAGAGAAAUACUACGAUCUGGCGAAAUUGCCUUUUCCUGCUAAGAAGGCUUUUCAUAAUAUGGAGAGGACGCUCUUGGAAAGGAGGAUGGCGAUGCUCAAUGCGUGGCUCUGUAGACUCACAAAACCGAGCAUCACGGAUGGUCAUAUGGGGCUCCAGAAUUUAUUGCUUGCUUUCCUGGAACAAGGGGAGUAUGACAAGGGCGUCACUGGGGGUCACAUCUCCAGGACCAUUGAUACACUGGUGAAUCCUUUGAAGACCUCCAUGAAGAGUGUCACUCAGGCUGUUAAGACCAUGCCUGAUAAUAUGCUCAGUACGGUGGAUGGGGUUAUGGAUAAUAUCAGCAAAUUCUUUGGAAAUCCCAGGAAGAAUAGCAUGUUUUAUGAGAGUGUCAAGGUUGGAGCUGGAAUCGACACUGAGACAGACGACAAUAUACCUCUGAGGAUAAUUCUCCUCUUGAUGGACGAGGUAUUCGAUCUGAAAGUUAGAAAUCAGUGGCUGAGGCGAAGAAUUGUCACACUCUUGAGGCAAAUUAUUCGAACAAUGUUCGGGGAUAUUGUGAAUAGAAGAAUCGUUGAAUAUGUUUCAGUCUUGACGAGCCCCAAAAAUGUUGCUACUUACUUAAAGUUAUUCAAGCAAAGCCAAUGGCCAAAUGGUGGUAGAGCAGAGGCAAGACCUCCACGUGACACCGAGACAAAAAAUCGUACCCGAGUUGCAGCUAAAAUUGCCCUCCUCUCGUGUCUGUCCGACGAAUUGAAACAUAUCAUUGGUAGUGAAACAACAAGAUGCGGAUUAUUACGUGUAUUUGAGUUAUUUCAACGUCCAGUACUCAACAGAAGACUGCUCUAUGUUCUACUAGAAGGUAUUAUCGAAAAUCUGUUUCCCCAGAACGACUUAGUUACUCUCAUCAAGAAAUUGUACUCUGUAUCGCCGAGGGUCAAGAGUAAAAAGAUGACUUCUUGACAGACAUUUUAUCACCGAUAAAAAACAUCUAGAGAUAAUUCUCAAAUUAAUCAUUGCAAUAAUGGCUAAUUCUUCAUUCUAUUCUUAAUUCUAAAUUGAAAAAAAAAUAUGGAAUCUCAUGGCAACUUAUUCAGAAAAUUAAAUUGAUAAAUUCAAAACACCGAGCCCCUGGGAAAAAUCCAAGUAGCUAAAUUAAAAUUUCUAUUUUCAAUUGUAAAUCUUUAGGAGUGCAUUUGACUAUUUCUGGAAUGAAAGCUCUAUAUUUGGGGCAACUAAAAUGAUAAAUGAAUAUUGAGGGAACAAAAUGAUAUUUCAAAACGCUUUUUACAUUACGAUCUUACGUAAUUACUAUCGGCAGCUUUCGUGAAAAUUGUCAAUCAGUGAAUGAUAAUCGUGGCCAAAAAUAUUAUAUAGAUCUAAGAUUAAUUUAAUUGCCUAUAGACUCGUGACGUCAAACGAGAAUUCAAAAACGUGACAAAAUCAUGUUUAAGCAUUCCAUUGCGAAUUUAUUCACUAUCUCAAUUGAGUUAUAUUUUCUAUAUCUUUUACUUGUAAAAAUCAUUUAUUUCGAUUCAAAUUUUAUUCAGCACUUUUGGAUGUAUUCAUUUAUUAGUAGACUUUUCAAUAUCCUCUAAUAGGUGAAUUACGAAUUUGACAGCAUGUCGAUUCCAAGAGUAAAGGAAGACGAGUGUACGGGUUUGCACGACUGACUUUCUUUUCCUUUUAAGUACUUGAUAAUUACAGAGUCAGAAUUGACUCAAAAACUAUUGAAUUGUGCAUCAAUGUCGUGUAUAAAAUGUUACAGCUUAUAUAAACUGUUUACAUAAAAAAAUAAAUGAAAAAAAAAAUCUUUAUACAACAUGAA